GUUGCUGAUUGUCUCGCUCCCACAGGAAAGGAAUUGUUCCUUUCCCACCACACUCCUUUUAAGACAAGCAACCCGUAGCAGAAUCUUCUGCGUAACGAAAGGAAUUUCACUUUCCGUCGCUCCAGCUUACUCGUCGUCAUUCGAUUCCGACUUUAGUCAAUUGCUGUUUUACAUAAAGAACAGUAGUUCCACUCUCUUUUAAGCACGAGAACAUCGGUUUCUUAAUAUCGUUGAGCGACCUCUCCCAAUUAAUCCUUUCUACUCGAAGUAUUAUAUACUUUCAUUUUAAACAUGAAGGUCGACGCCCUCUUUUCGCUCGCCCUGGCAGGCUUCUGUGCUUUGGCCGCUGCUCAGCCCCAUGGAAAGCAUGCUCAUGCGCAUGGUCGCCAUGCUAGAGUUUUGAAGGAACGCGAUAUGGUUACUGAGGUUACGACGGUUUGGACCACCAUUGAGUCCACUCCUGCUUCCACUCCCACCUACUCUCCCCAGGAGGUCAAGAACCUUGGAAACAAUAUCCCUAAACCUUCAGUAUCACCCACACCGUCCUCUGCGCCCAAGAAGGAUAACAAGAAGGAUGAUAAAAAGAAGGACACCUCGGAUUCUGACACAUCGAACUCUAACAGUGGUGUUGACUCUAAUAGCAACACCGGUCGUGAAUUCAAGGAUGGUGUCAUUCCCUGCAGCAAAUUCCCCUCGGACUAUGGCGCAGUCCCAUUGCCAUGGCACACGAAGGACGGAUGGUCUGGUAUUCAGUAUAACGGCGGAAACCUUGAUAACGAGGGUGUUUGUAAAGAGGGCGCUCUUUGUUCGUACGCUUGCCCCCCUGGGUUCAGCAAGGGUCAAUGGCCUGCAGAACAACCUGCUUCUGGUGAGAGUCACGGUGGGCUUCUCUGCAAGAACGGUUUCCUCACCCUUACUCGCUCUGAUUCCAAGUACCUGUGUGAGGCCGGUGCUAGUGGUAUCACUGUUAAGAACGAGUUGAGUGAUAUGGUGGCUGUCUGCCGUACCGAUUAUCCUGGAUCCGAGAACAUGGUUGUUCCUUUGCAGUGUGAUCCUGGCACAGAGAAGGUUCUUACUACUCCUGAUGCCGACUCCCCGGGUGCCUACACAUGGAAGGGUGGUUCCACCUCCGCCCAGUACUAUGUCAACAAUGCUGGUGUUAGCGUCAAGGAUGGGUGCCUCUGGGGUAAAGAAGGUGGUGAGGUUGGGAACUGGGCACCUUACAUCUUCGGUUCCGGAAAGAAGGGUGGUAAGAUCUGGAUCUCCGUCUCCAAGAACCCCAACAAUAAGAAGCCCGCCAACUACAACGUCUCGAUAGUUGGUGGCGUCAGCAGCAAGAAGUGCGAGUGCAUCAUGGGUGACUGCCAAGGUGGCGAUGCUGGAUGUACCGUUGCAGUUGCGCCAGGUGAACAUGCUACCUUCCGUCUAUGGAAGUAAAUGUAUAGUUGUGGAUUUUUUCUUGGCGGUCUUUUAUUUUUUUCCUGGUGUUGGGAUUUGGGAUCCCAGAAAGGUGAAAGAAGUCAGCCAUAUAGUACGUUGACAAUAUGGGGAUAGAUCUCAGGUGUCCGGUUUGAAUUUUGUCCUGUCAAGCUUGUUGGGUGGUAAUGUUUUUUCUUUUUCGUUUCCCCCC